AUGAAUGCGUGGUCGGAUUUGGAAAUGCCUAAACCUUUAGACCACAUCAAGAGACCCAUGAACGCGUUCAUGGUGUGGUCCAGGGGCCAGAGGCGCAAGAUGGCCCAAGACAACCCAAAGAUGCACAAUUCGGAAAUUAGCAAGCGACUGGGCGCCGAGUGGAAAAAGCUCUCCGACUCCGAGAAGCGACCUUACAUCGACGAGGCCAAGAGACUCCGGGCUCAACAUAUGCGAGAACACCCGGACUACAAGUACAGACCCCGGCGUAAACCCAAAAGUCUCCCCCAGACGGAGCGCCUCCUUUUCUCGCAUGUGGAGCCCUUGAAGGGAUUCGCCGUGGACUCAUCCUUUCUCAUCCACGGGAAUAAAACCCCGACACUGCUGGCGCCUUCCCCGGUGAGGCAUCUCCAUCGGAUGGCCGACUUCCAACCGCCUCUGAGCGGCUACAGCGCGCCCACCCUCGGGUACCACCCCGGGGCGGUGGUCGGGGGCGGGUUGGCCUGCCUUGGACAGCACACCCACGCGACGCCCGGUAGCCCAUACGUGGUGCCGUGUAACUGUGGGGCGUGGUCGGCGGCCGGAGUGCAGCCGCAGGUGGCUUACAUCCUCCUCCCCGGAGGAAUGGCCAAGAGCGGCUUGGACGCGUACGCAGCACCCGGGGCCAGUGCGUAA